AUGUUGCUUUCAAACCAGAAAUUGAUUUUUGCAGUAUUAUUCAUCUUCGCCUUGAUAUAUACUUCCUAUGGAACAACCGAUUCAGAUCUAACUGAAAGUUUAGAUAAACGUGCCUAUCAUAAAAAGAACCAUAAAAAGAGCCAUAAAAAAAACCAUAAAGAUAGCAAAUAUGAUAUUAAACGCAUAUGCAAAGGGUUCAGAUUUCUAUAUCCUUAUGCACAUGAUGAUAAAUACAACCAACCCAUACAGAUUAAAAAUGAUUCUAUAAUUACUGUCAUGUGGGCGAAAGAUCCAACAUCAGAAGUUGAUAUGUGCAUUGACUGUGAAAUGUUGAAGGAACAAGAAGGACUUGUGGGUGUUGUAUGGCAAAAGGGAAUUGAUAUGAAACCCGGUUAUGCAUCUUCUCCUGUUCAUUUUGUUGUUGGCCCAGAAGUGUCACUUCCUCAUCAAGUUGUCCUCAGAGCUUUUGGUAAUACUACCCUUGGUCCAAGAUGUGCUGCUUACUCGUAA